AUGGCGAGAGCACAAGAAACGGCCCUAGCCCGAUUCUACGAUCUCCCAAAUGUGCACAAAGUGGGCGCUCCUCUCCGGCCUAUCGUAUCACUAAAGGGCACUCCAACCUACGGACUGGCAAAGUGGCUGUUCCAACGUCUCAAGUUUCUGACCUCCGAUUCGAACACCACAGUCAGCUCGUCAAAGCAAUUCUUGGUGAAACUUAAAGGUGUAAGUCUUCUGCCAAGCGAUGUCAUGGCUUCCUUUGAUGUCACGUCCUUUUUACUUUUAUACCACAGGACCUGACAGUCGAGACCAUCGAAAUACUCCUACGAGAGAAAUACGACGAAACGGAGAAUCGCGUGGGACACACCCAAAUCAUCCAGCUCCUGAAGUUCUGUCUCAAGACGUAUUUUACGUUCGACGGAACAAUCUACAAGCAGGUGAAGGGAACGCCAAUGGGGUCGCCUAUUUCUGGACUCAUAGCCGAGGCGGUCAUACGACGGCUGCAGUCGCUGGUUUUCCGACACCACAGACGGACAUUUUGGGCUCGGUAUGUGGAUGACACCUUCGUCGUCAUCGAACGGGAUCAGGUGCUGACAUACAAAGAACAACUCAACGCCGUCUUCCCGGACAUUCAAUUUACGGUAGAGGAGUAA